CCAUCGCUGCCCCCCCUCCCUUUUGCUCUCAGCCUGCCUUCACUCCCACCUCCUUCAACCGACUCAAAUGCUAGUAACACCGGCACGUUAGCGCUUGGGAAGAGGCAAAGCAGCGCCACCAUCCUCGACAACCGCACCGGAGAACAUAACGGGACGCGGCGGCUUGAGAUUUGAAUCACAAUAACAAGCACAAGAAAACUGAGAAGACGCCGCAUCAUCCCAUCCAACCUCCCAGCACACGUGCAGCAGAAGAAGAGACAAGCGACAAGUUAACAGAGUGAGGAGACCGGGUUUGAGAUAAAUGGCUGACAAGCAGAUCAGUUUGCCUGCCAAAUUGAUCAAUGGGGGGAUCGCUGGCCUUAUCGGAGUGACCUGUGUGUUUCCCAUUGACCUGGCCAAGACUCGGCUGCAAAACCAGCAAAAUGGAUCUCGCCUUUACACCAGCAUGUCUGACUGCCUUAUCAAAACCAUUCGGUCAGAAGGGUAUUUCGGGAUGUACAGAGGAGCGGCGGUGAACUUAACACUUGUCACGCCAGAGAAAGCCAUUAAAUUGGCUGCCAACGACUUCUUCAGGCACCACCUCUCUAAAGAUGGGAAACUCACUCUGGUCAAAGAGAUGCUGGCAGGUUGCGGGGCAGGCACGUGCCAGGUAAUUGUCACAACUCCUAUGGAGAUGUUGAAAAUUCAGCUCCAAGAUGCUGGAAGAAUUGCUGCUCAGAGGAAGCUCAUGCCAGAGACUGUGGCAGCAGGAACCGUAGAAACCAAGUCUCCUACAGCCAUGCAGCUCACAAGGCAGCUACUGAGGGAAAAGGGCAUUGCUGGGCUGUAUAAAGGCCUUGGAGCCACAUUGCUCAGGGAUGUUCCAUUCUCGAUCAUCUACUUUCCCCUUUUUGCAAAUCUGAAUAAUCUGGGGAAGAGGGGCGUAGAAGGUCCAGCUCCCUUCUAUGUGUCGUUUGUUUCAGGCUGCUUAGCUGGGAGCACCGCAGCGGUGGCUGUAAACCCUGUUGAUGUGAUAAAGACACGACUGCAGUCACUGAACCGUGGAAGCACAGAAGACACCUACAGUGGCGUGGGUGACUGCAUCAGGAAAAUCAUGCGCAAUGAAGGGCCGUCGGCCUUUCUGAAGGGAGCCUACUGCCGCGCCUUGGUGAUCGCCCCGCUCUUUGGCAUUGCCCAGGUGGUCUACUUCCUGGGUGUGGGUGAAUUCAUCCUCAGCUUCUUGCCUAAAAAACAAAACUAAGACGUCUCUCUCCUCUGCCUUUCCCGCCCAUAACACAUUUCACCAAUCACCGAAGGAUUGAUUGAAUUCUGGAGGAGUAGCUUUUACGGUGUUCCUGGUCCGAUUGCGGCCGACCAGAAGGUUUUGUUUGAAAUGGCUGAAUGUUCAAUGAUUUUAUUUAGAGGGAGCCUUUGUUUACCAAGCUGCCUGCAGGGGUGAACCUAAUUUCAUGCUCAGCAAGCUGGCUGGAUAUGAAGCCACAAAUAUCAGUGAAGUUAAUAUCAGACAAUAAUAAGGCGUGUCACACGCUGCCAUCGAUUGCUCCGGGGUAUCAAUUUUAGCGUAUAACACUAAAUCAUUCCUUUCUUAUUCGCAGCUCUGAGGGGGCUUUCACACUUGAAAGGCACACCGAGGUCAUGACCGAAGUUCAUGGUAUUUAAAAAUCGUUCUGAAGUCACUCUUUCGAUCAGACUGGUUUUCUGAGGAAACAUCAACCUGAACUCAUCACCUUUUCCUCCCAAUCUGACGAUUGAACUGAGUGGUUUUGUACAGCUUCUUCUCUGUGUCUGUGCUGGUGACAGACCUCUAGACUUUUAUUAUUCCCCCCGUCUACGAUCUUUGGACUAUCAGGGUCCUCCCCGGGAUUUUUUCUCAGCAUACAGCAGGGUCUCAAACCAGUCCUCGAAGGGGUGGUGCAGCUUUGUGUUCCAACCAAAACAUGCACACAUAGGUUCACUUGUCAAGUGUCAGCUGAGACAAGCAGCCCCAGACUGACAAUCAACCCACCACAGUCUUAAGACACUUGACUGAACAGUUUAUUACCCCUCGCAGUGAGUGACAUUGCGAGUCGCACUUCACUACAUGUUGACAGAACCAGCUGAAAAACUCCUGUGCAGAUGGGGCGAAAUCUCAGGUGGUCAAAAUCACCCUGCUAAAGCCCUGGGGAGAACCCUCAUACUGAGGAGAAUGAUUACCACUCUUGUUCUUUGUCUGGACUCAACUUUAGAGAUGACAAAAAAGCUGUCCAGCCACUAUUCCACCACAUAGAGACAGUUGAAGUGGCUCUAAUUGGGUUGCCAUAGGCGUUCUGUGCACUAUGAGGAGGAAAGAAAGAAGAAGAAGAAGAACAGAAGUUCUGUGGGAUGUCCCUUAGGAGAGGGAAUCAUGUUUGCUCCCAACAACCCUGUCCAAGUUCCGUCUCUUAACUCUGACCUCCGCCUGGUGGAGGAAUCGAUUGACUUCUCCCUACAAAGUGGGUUGACAAACCAGAACAUUUUCAGAACUAUUUUUUAUUCCGCUCACUACUAUAUUUUCCCCAUUCUCCAAAGCCGUCUUCUACUCUGACCCCUAGCUAUGGACUUUCGGUCACGGCAGAAAGACGAGCCAAAAAGCUCAAAUGAGCUUCCUCUGGGUUGGUGUUUCUCUCAGAAACUGUUUAAAAUUCCAAGCUGUGCGGGUUUGAAAGCUCUCUUAGAAGUUGAGUCAGCAAAAAAAAAAGCACAUUCCAUGACUUAAAACAACAUUUUAGGGCAUUACAUUGAAGUAUGUGUUCAAUAUAUUACCGAGCCUUAAAUGUUAUUAUCAUUUGCUUAGAUUUGUGUGUCAGGGAAUGUUUACUGCUAAGACACACGAGGAUCUAUGAGCAGACACAUCCCUUCCUGUAAGUGACUGUCAUGAACUUGGCCGUUAAGUUCAAGAGGAAUGCAAUUGCCUGGGCUCUUGAAGUGGAUCAGGUUCCAUGAGAUAUUUUGCAACACCACAAUGCUUGGGCUCUUUGCCCUGUGUGAUGAUGGAGCUUUCCUGUAAACGCUAACCAGAUUAUAGCACACCUUGGUGUAAGCAGAGGCUACGUUAGCUCGGUUUUUAAUCAGAUUGGUUCUGACUCAUCCAGUGAUAUCCACAGCAGGUUUUGGAUAAUGAUGGAUCAAAGGCAUCACGGGGUGAGUUGGAGCCAGGCGGGUUGUAGUACUCAGACAAGACAAUGCACUGGAGAGUUGCGAAGUAGAAUCGAUGAAACACAGUUUUGCUUCAUUGAACUUAACAGAAGUACAAUAAGUGUUGAGCUCCUUCCCUCCAACUGAGAUGAGGAAACACGUAAGAGCUGCUUUACUGAAGGUGCUUACACUUAUCUUCUGAAUCCUGGGGAGGAGAUCAUAAUGGGGAUGGAAUGAUGAUGUAAUGGGUAGAAACACAGUAAUUGUGAGGUCGAUCAUGGAAUGCAUUCUGGUGAUUGGUCAGUAAAAGAGCCUUGUCCUGACCUGAAGGCACUGGUGUCAAAUUCUAGGCCCAGGGGCCAAAUCUGGCCUGCCAAGUCAAUUUAUGUGGCCCCCAAGAGCUUGAAGAAAAAAAGGAGACUCAUGUUGUUAUCAUGACCCACGAAGGUCACCGCGUUUCAAGUUUCAUUAUUUGACAAGCUGUUUUGUUGCAGGCUCGGCUUGUCAAUAUCACAGUUCAACUUCCACCAAAGUCCACCAAAAAUAGUGAUGCAAGGAGUGUCAGUUCUAGACGGAUUUAUGAAAGUUGAUUCUGCUUGGAUUGGUCCCUUGUGUGUUGGAGUUUGACACCCCUGCUCUCAGUUCAUCCCCUUUGGCUGUGUCCAGGCUGGGGGACAAAUGUAUCAUUCUUAUUAUCUUGUUUUCAAAUGGUGCUUGAGGUCUGGAUAUGAUGUUCUGUUAUUAACUAGAGAUGAGGGUUUAUCCAUCUUUGCUUGAACCUCCUCUACUGACAAGUUUGCAUCGCUGGGUAUGAGGUUCACCCUGUCACCUCCCAGCGAUUUCUGGAUGAGAUGUUGGUUUUAAACAACUGGAACACCGACUGAAUGUCUGCUGCAAGUCAGUGUCUCCAUAAACUUCACGACACUAUUUUGACUUGCUGCACGUGGUUGACUUCCAGGCUGACUGACCAUGUUAGUGAUAGCAUCCAGAUUGAGGUGACACAAGGCUAGCCGAUAGCGACUCAUAUCAACACCUGCUUAUUUAUGUUUACAGACUGUUUACUUAUAAGUUUGACCUCAGCAAAUGCAUUUAAGUUUCGGGACCCAAAGAGAUGAUGGAAACUAAACGUAAUUUUCUUAAUCAGAAAAUCAAGUUUCAACCAAACACCUGCUGCUGUUUGCUUUAGAGGUUUUGUUUGCUUUAAGCUGCUGGGGAAGGCAGCCUUGGGUCUCACUAAAGUCCUGCCAUUCGAAUCGCGAUCAAGGUAACUUUGAAUUAUCCAAAACAUUCCCUUCUCACUCCUGCGGAACGACCCACUUAGUUGAUGUGCAAUGGGUGCAACUCAACAACCACCUUUCCUGGAGUGAGAACUAUUUAUGGCGAUUACUUUCGAUGGGUUGUAUAGCACUAUAUAUUUGUAUGUGAUGUCUUUUUGUGUCAAAGUGUCUAUCUUGAGUAUAUUGUACAUAUGCAGAUUAUAUGAAAUUUAUGUUGAAGAUUAUUUGUUUGGUAUAUGAUGGCUUAUUUGCACACCUACCUCUCCCACCCCCCUUGAUCUAUAGUGUUGUGAUUUUAUGUUAUGAUUAUGUGCACAUAUCUAAUGAAGAAUCAUGUUCGAAUGCAACUGGAAUACUGCAGCAUGUUGCAGAUGAAUUAAUGGCAACAGUUGUAUUGGUGACAAUUUCAGUAGUGGUACCCUUUAUUCUGUCCCUUAUUGAAUCAUCGGUGGAGGGCAGUGCAUUUUUACCACUUCAGAUUACGGGACCUUUUAACAGGCAAUAUUUGCUGUGACAAAAAAUACCAUCAUGGAUGGUUAACAUAAAUAAAAUUGUGUUGAGAAGGAACAUGUAUGACGAGCAAAUAAAUGAGAGGGAGCCAGUGGGCAGAGUGAAAAUACAGGAAGCAAAGGUAGUGAAAACUGAGGGGCAUUUGGGAUCAGUCAUGUAAAGUUACUGACAGAGAUCAAAGGAGGUGAAGAGCAGAGUGCAGGCAAGGUGGAACAUGUGGAAGUGACAGAGGAGCGGCAGAUAGAGGGAAAGGGAAGCUCAGUGGGAGAGUAGUGAAACCUACCACGACAGUUUUUUAGGUGAGGUGAAAGGAGAAGAGGAUGACUAUGGUGUUCAUGGCUGCAGCAAAGGAGAGCAUGAAGACUAGGAAGGAUGCUCAAAAUAGGUUGAGCUGGAGAAGGCUGGCUUGCUAUUGGGCCCCCUGAUAGAACAUGGGAGACUGUAAGGUUUUUGAGGAAUAAAAACGUAAUUAACUGAGAAACCUGGUGGGGAAAAACACAACGACCUAAUUUGAAUGUGAGUGUGGCCCCAGGACCACUCAACUCUUCUCUUCUGGGACCAAAACUUUGUAUUUAAUUUAUGUUAUUUAGCAUAAAUGCUCACUGCUGAAUAAAACCGAAACACUGCUCUUGGGAGAUAAAGUUCGCAGCUGCUGUUGUGGGCUGGCUGCAGUGUGAUAGUUGCAACCACAAUUGGAUCAUCUGAAGCAAAGAUUGUCUAAAAUUGAAAGCCACAGGAAAAGGAGGAACAACAGAUCCUGCUAGACAGACUGGCACCUCCAGCCAUAUUGACAUUGGUUUAGAGAGCAGCAACCAAAACAUGGCACAAUAUCCCUUUUUGUCUUAUACUGUAUCUUGUCAAACGCCUCGCACAUCUGCUGUCGUUGUGAUUGUGCUAUCAUUUGUCUUUGUGUUAUCAUUUCGUAUGGUUUGAACUCCCCCUGCUUUUUUUGUUUAAUCUUGGGAAAAAAAGCCCUUAAGCUUUACGUAAACGUGAAUUUUGGCUGAUCUUGUGAAUUUAGCGGUGUGUGUGUGUGUGUGCGUGUGUGGGUCGGACCAUGUAGUGCUUUUGUGUAGAUGUUAGCGUGACACUGCGGUAUUUUGCUCUCCGAUUGUCCGCACCGUGCUGUCGUCUCUUUUUUCUCCCUCUCUCUCGUGUCACACUCCUCGGCCAUCGUUUCUCACCUGCAUCUGCUGCCGGGGUGCAGGUGAAGGCAGGGCGGCUCUGGAACACCAUGUAGACGAGUGUAAACUAUCCGAGAAAGCACAAAACAAUGGGCACAAGAGAUGGUACCACUUAUGUAGAUUUUCUUCAGACACUUGAAUCUAGAUCUCAACCGCUUUCGUGGUUGUAGAUUUCAGUCAGAGAUUACUGCGCUCAUAUACACAAGGUCUGUUCAUGUCUGUAAAACUUGAUCGACAGGGCUGAGACGGCCGGUCGACAUUUGUGUUGGUGCCCACGUAGAUAUUCACCAGAUGUAUAUUGCCGACAUAAUCAGAUCAGAUAUAAGAAUGUAAUGUAGAUGUCAAGAUGUAUUAUAAUUAUAGUGAAGAGUUUAUGACAGUUUAAUCUAAGAAUUUGUGCUUUACACUUUACUUAACAAAUCAAUUACCAGCUCACUGAUAUGCAAUAAAUAAAAGACACACUAGAAAGCGUAAGAUAGUGAAAGAAAGAAAUAUGGAAUAUAUAAAUAUAUAUAUAUAUAUAUAUCACAAUGGUCACACAAUGUAAAUAAUGCAAGCAGAGACCGCAGGGGCCUUUAAGGGUCUGAACUCUCUUUGGGGCCUCUGUUCUCUUCCUCCAAGAGGAUUACGGUGCAUUAUCGCACUUUAAAGACAAACACCCCUCCCACCCUUGUAGACCAUCAAAGAUGUCCAUCCUUGACACGGAGGGUGUUGGUAAAUGUGUGUGGUGAAUGACCUUUACGUGGUUUACAAUGCAAUGGAUAUAUUAAAAAAAUGAAUUAUUUGUCUUCUUUGUCACAAUUUGCUGUUCAAUAAACGGAUUGUCCUUAUAUGAAGAAG